CCCUUACCUCUCCACGCUCCGUCGCCUCAUAUCCGUUCUGUCUUUGCUAGUCCAUCACUCCCUCCCUCAACCUCCCUGCUUUCUCAACCGUCCUCUCCCUUUUUCUUUUUUCGUCACAGUCACACUUUUUUUUUUGAUUUUUUUUCAUUCCCCGUCAGACUUUUUUCUUCCUCCUAGAGCACCCUCUAUACCAUCCUCUCUCUCUCUCCUCAUGACCGCACCAACCUUCAAAGACCUAGGAUCCCUAGCGCAAAACCUGAUCUUCAAUGGAUUCCCCGGGCAGUUCGGCUUUAACAUCCUCGCGCUCGCCUCCGGAUUAAGCUUUACCUCUUCUGCGUCUCAACUCGCCAACAAAAACAUCUGCACCUCCCUCCUCACCUCUAAAAUAUUCAAACAACAAGGGUUCACCGUCGAAGGAUCCGUCUCGAGCGAUGGCAUCAUCCCCACCUAUACCGGCCAACUCGUUUUACAAGACAAACUCUUUCCUGGACUCAAAACCAUCCUGAGCGGGAACAUCAUCACUUCUUCCGACAACCUCAAGAAAACCUGUUCCGGAAAAGUUUCCACCCUCUACUAUUAUGGCAAUCAAGCCUCAGUCGAAGCCGUUUUUUCCUACCUCGACAAACCAACCCUCUGUCUGAAUCUUGUCGCAUCCGAGAAAGACACGAGCAUCGGUGUCUCCAGCGUCAUCUCUACACUCUCAGAAACCCAAAAACUGAAAGAGUAUUCUGUCAAGCUUCAACAAAUUCCCGCCAAAAAUUUUGUCAUGAACUUCUUUUGGAACUCUCAAGAGCAAGUUUCCACCGGCAGCAGUCUUUAUUAUAAUAACAAAGAUGCAAAGCUGGAAACAGCCGCCUCUGUCUCUCUAUUCCCAUUCAAGCCCGGUACGCCGCCAACCUUCUACGUUGCCAUAGCUAAAACGCUCGACAACAAUGCCUCUCUGAAGGCGCGCUUCUGCAGCGAAAACAAAACAAUUUCCCUUGCCCUCAAGCAUCGUAUCUGCGACGAGUUGUCCGCAACUCUUGGCUGGCAGGGAUCCCUGUCAGAUGAUAUUUUCACCAAUCAGAAAUUCGGCCUCGCCCUAAAUUUCAUAAUCUGAAUGAAUAAAAACUUUACCUAUAUAUGAGAGGA